AUGUACAAAGAAGAUUUAAUAUUUUAUUAUAAACUAUUUCUUGAUAUUAUAAUAUUAAUUAUAUUAAUCAGUUUUAUUAUUAGUUUUAUUUUUAUACAAAUAAAACACCCCCUUGCUAUAGGUCUAAUAUUAUUAAUUCAAACAUUUUUAACUUCUUUAUUAACAGGAAUACUUAUAAAAACUUUUUGAUUUUCAUACGUGCUAUUUUUAAUUUUUAUAGGAGGAAUAUUAGUUUUAUUUAUUUAUGUAACAUCCCUUUCAUCUAAUGAAAUGUUUUCUUUAUCAAUAAAAUUAACAUUUAUUAGCAUUUUCAUAAUUAUAUUAUUCUUAAUAUUUUAUUUAUUUUUUGAUAAAUUAAUUAUUGAACCUUUCAUUAAUAAUAAUGAAAUAAUUAAAUUAUCUUUAAUAAAUAAUUUUUUAAUAGAAGACACAAUUUCAUUAAAUAAAAUAUAUAAUUUUCCAACUAAUUUGAUUACCUUAUUAUUGAUUAAUUAUUUAUUUUUAACUUUAUUAGUAACAGUAAAAAUUACAAAAAAAAAUUAUGGCCCAUUACGACCAAUAAAUUAAUGACUAAAUCAUUACGAAAAACACAUCCUUUAUUAAAAAUAGCUAACAAUGCUUUAGUGGAUUUACCUGCUCCUUCUAAUAUUUCAGCCUGAUGAAAUUUUGGAUCAUUACUGGGAUUAUGUUUAAUUAUUCAAAUUUUAACAGGAUUAUUUUUAGCAAUACAUUAUACAGCAGAUAUUGAAACUGCUUUUAAUAGAGUAAAUCAUAUUUAUCGAGAUGUAAAUAAUGGUUGAUUUUUACGAAUUUGCCAUGCUAAUGGAGCUUCUUUUUUUUUGCUUGUUUAUUUAUUCAUGUAGGUCGAGGAAUUUACUAUAACUCUUAUUUAUUUGUUCCAACAUGAAUAAUUGGAGUAAUUAUCUUAUUUAUAGUAAUAGCAACAGGAUUUUUAGGAUAUGUUUUACCUUGAGGUCAAAUAUCUUUUUGAGGUGCUACUGUAAUUACUAAUCUUUUAUCAGCUAUUCCAUAUUUAGGAACAGAUUUAGUACAAUGAAUUUGAGGAGGAUUUGCUGUUGAUAAUGCAACUUUAACCCGAUUUUUUACUUUUCAUUUUAUUUUACCUUUUAUUGUAUUAGCAUUAACUAUAAUUCAUUUAUUAUUUUUACAUCAAACUGGAUCUAAUAAUCCAUUAGGAUUAAAUUCUAAUGUUGAUAAAAUUCCUUUUCAUCCUUAUUUUAUUUAUAAGGAUAUUAUUGGAUUUAUUAUUUUUAUAUGAAUUUUAAUAGGAUUUAUUUGAAAAUUUAAUUAUUUAUUAAUAGAUCCAGAAAAUUUCAUUCCUGCUAAUCCCUUAGUUACUCCUGUUCAUAUUCAACCUGAAUGAUAUUUUUUAUUUGCAUAUGCAAUUUUACGAUCAAUUCCUAAUAAAUUAGGAGGAGUAAUUGCAUUAGUUUUAUCAAUUGCAAUUUUAAUAAUUUUUCCAUUUACUCAUAUUAGUAAAUUCCGAGGGUUCCAAUUUUAUCCAUUAAAUCAAAUUUUAUUUUGAAAUAUAGUAAUUAUUGCUUCUCUUCUAACAUGAAUUGGAGCUCGACCUGUAGAAGAUCCUUAUGUAUUAACAGGACAAAUUUUAACAGUUUUAUACUUCUCUUAUUUUAUUAUUAAUCCAAUGUUAUCUAAAUAUUGAGAUAAAUUAUUAAAUUAAAUUAAUAA